AUGUCGUGGAAAAUUACGAAGAAGUUAAAGGAGACACACCUAGCUCCCCUCACCCAGUCCUUUGGCCGUUCGUCGUCGACUUCGACCAUCAAGGGUGACGCAGCCGACGAGACACCAGCAACCUCGCAACCCCCGAGCGUGGUAUCACAAAGUUCAAAUGGGAUUGCAACUGCCGAGGAUUUGAUCUCUCCCCCUGUUGCGGAAGUGAAGAAGCCGGGUAUCCUCAUCGUGACCCUGCACGAAGGCAAAAAUUUCUCGCUUUCUCCUCAUUAUCAGCAAGUUUUUGACUCUCAUUUCCAAAACAACAAUGGUCCCAUUCGCCCCAAUUCGUCCUCUUCUCAUUCCGGCCAACCCGCGGGCUCUUACACCCAGCCCGUUCGUCCGCAGUCUAUCAGCAGCGGCAUCAACGCUGCGCCAACAAUCCACGGACGGUACCUAACUAAGUACCUACCCUAUGCGCUCCUUGAUUUCGAAAAGAACCAGGUCUUUGUCGAUGCGGUGUCCGGCACGCCAGAGAACCCACUAUGGGCAGGCGACAACACCGCCUAUAAAUUUGACGUUUCCCGCCAGACUGAAUUGAGCGUCCAAAUAUAUCUCCGCAACCCAGCUGCUCGGCCUGGAGUCGGGCGUAGCGAGGAUAUCUUCCUCGGAGUGGCGAAAAUGCAGCCGCAUUUGGAGGAGAGGAAGCCCUACGUUGAGGACCCCAAACUUAGCAAAAAGGACAACCAGAAGGCGGCCGCCGAGCAGGAGAAGAUCGCUGGACAACGCGGCACCGAGUGGCUGGAAUUGCAGUUUGGAACUGGCACAAUCAAGGUUGGCGCUUCCUUUGUGGAGACUAGAGCUCAAAGUAUGAAACUUGAAGAUUUUGAUCUUCUUAAAGUUGUCGGAAGGGGCUCGUUUGGAAAAGUCCUGCAAGUGCUAAAGAAAGACACUGGCCGUAUCUAUGCUCUCAAGACGAUCCGCAAAGCACAUAUCAUUUCUAGGUCAGAAGUUGCGCACACGUUAGCAGAGCGAUCGGUCCUUGCUCAGAUCAACAACCCAUUUAUCGUGCCUUUGAAGUUCACUUUCCAAUCGCCAGAAAAGCUGUACUUUGUCCUUGCAUUUGUCAAUGGUGGCGAGCUGUUCCACCACCUCCAAAGAGAACAGCGCUUUGAUAUCAACCGAGCCCGCUUCUACACUGCCGAAUUGCUCUGUGCGCUCGAGUGUCUUCAUGGCUUCAAGGUGAUCUACCGGGACCUGAAGCCAGAGAAUAUUCUGCUGGACUACACUGGCCAUAUCGCCCUGUGCGAUUUCGGACUGUGUAAACAGGAUAUGAAGGACGAGGAUCGGACCAACACCUUUUGCGGUACACCCGAGUAUCUCGCACCGGAACUGCUUCUUGGAAACGGCUACACAAAGACAGUGGACUUUUGGACAUUGGGAGUUUUACUAUACGAAAUGCAAGUUGUGCACAGGUUGACGGGACUGCCACCGUUUUAUGACGAAAAUACAAACGAAAUGUACCGCAAGAUUCUUCAAGAGCCAUUGACAUUCCCUGGCCCAGAGAUUGUUCCUCCGGCAGCUCGUGACCUUUUGACGCGUUUGCUAGACCGUGAUCCUCAGCGCCGGCUGGGAUCCAACGGAGCGGCAGAAAUCAAGGCACACCAUUUCUUCUCGAAUAUUGAUUGGCGCAAGCUUCUGCAGAGGAAGUACGAGCCGACAUUCAAGCCUAAUGUGUCGGAUGCCCGGGAUACGACCCAAUUCGACGAGAUCUUCACUGAGGAAGUCCCUCGAGACUCGUAUGUCGAUGGACCAGGACUGUCGCAGACCAUGCAGCAACAAUUCACCGGCUGGUCGUACAACCGACCGAUCCCGGGACUCAGCGAUGCGGGAGGAAGUGUCAAAGACCCGUCAUUCGGCAGUAUUCCUGAAUAA